GGAGGCUUGCAUGAGUUGAGGGUGGCCUAAGGUCAACGUGAGGGAACAUUUAUGUUUCAAGUUCUCCGAUCAGUGCUGUUUACAAGGUUUAGAUCAAGUCAUCUAGGUCUUGCAGUAUUGUGCAAAAGUACAAGACUAUCUCUCAGGCACAGAACUAUUCAGAAUUCAUCAUAUGCAGCGCGAGAAAGAACAAUGAAGCUGUUUACAGAUGAAGGGAAUCCCUUCACCUUAAAAGUUUUACUGGCCAGCAAUGUUGCCAAGGCAGACGUAGAAAUUAAAGUUGUCGACAAGAAAACUUUCAAGAAGCCUGCUGCUGUCAGACAGUUUCAGUUACCAAUUCUUGAACUAAAUGAUGGCCAAUACCUUGUUAGUCCAAAUGCUAUGUGCAGCUAUAUCAUGGGAUGUUGUGUAGAUGCCGAGGCUGAUCAAUGGAUUGAAUGGGAUGCUGUUUCAUUACAGCCAGCAACAUUACCUUUUCUUAUUGGACAAGCAAGUGGUGGAAAAGAAGCAAAGAUUUCGGGAAGUCUAUCUGAUGCAAUGAAAACUCUCAAUGGAAAUAUUGGGCAGAAAAAAUAUCUUUUGGGAGACACUCUUUCGGUUGCUGAUAUUGUUGUUUGGGGAUCUCUAUUUGGUGUUCUACAUGGAAACCGAGAUGCAGUUUCCAACUACAGCUCGUUAGAGUCAUGGUUUCAAAGAUUGUCCACAGAAGAGACUUUUGUUAAAGCUGUUUCAGAUGUGACAAAGGGCAAAGGAAACUUGUCUUUUAGGGAUUCGUUGCAAGGAUAUGUUUUGCCCCCUAUCUGUGCUAAGAGUACAGGUGUCAAAGGUGGAGAGAGACAGACUGUUGCAGCCGCAGAUACCCCUGGUGAAGAGGAUGCUGAGGGGCUAACACAAGUAGAGAUCGAUGCUGCGAAGGCAUCUUGGCUUAGUGGAAGGAAAGGAAUUCACAAGCCAAGAACUUAUGAUGCCCCUGUAUUACCACGAGAUGGUGAAAAGAACCUGCUGGUGACAAGUGCGUUGCCAUAUGUCAACAAUGUGCCUCAUCUUGGAAACAUCAUUGGUUGUGUCCUCAGCGGAGAUGUGUAUUCCAGAUUUUGUCGUCUUCGUAAUUAUAACAUCAUUUACAUUUGUGGAACAGAUGAAUAUGGUACAGCAACCGAAACAAAGGCAAUCGAAGAGGGACUAACGCCUCAGCAAAUUUGCGACAAAUAUCACAAGAUACAUGCAGAUAUAUACAAAUGGUUUAAUAUUGAAUUCGAUUGUUUUGGAAGGACAACCACAGAAGAACAAACCAAGAUUGCCCAAGAUAUAUUCUGGAAGAUCGAGAAGAAUAAAUUUUUACUUGAAGACACCCUUGAGCAGCUGCAGUGCAUCAAAUGUAGUAGAUUUUUGGCUGAUCGAUUUGUCGAAGGAACUUGCCCUUUUUGCAGCUAUGAGGAUGCACGUGGAGAUCAAUGCGAUGCAUGUGGCAAAUUGAUUAAUGCUAUAGAGUUAAAGUCACCAAGAUGUAAGAUGUGCGGCACAACACCAAAAGUGAGAACAAGCAAACAUAUUUUCUUGGAUUUGCCAAAGAUUGAGCCUCAACUAAGACAGUGGUCAGAUGAAUCCAUGGAGAAGGGUAACUGGACUGCUAAUUCCAAAAACAUCACCAAAGGAUGGUUACAUGAAGGUCUUAAGCCUCGCUGCAUCACACGUGAUUUGAAAUGGGGCACAGCUGUUCCCAUGGAGGGCUUUAAAGACAAAGUGUUCUAUGUUUGGUUCGAUGCACCAAUUGGGUAUCUAUCUAUCACUGCUAAUUAUACAGAACAUUGGGAAAAAUGGUGGAAAAACCCUGAACAGGUACGAUUAAUUCAAUUCAUGGCAAAAGACAAUGUCCCAUUUCACACUGUCGUCUUCCCGUGCUCACUCCUUGGUGCCGAUGACAAUUACACCCUACUGAACGAUAUCAGUGCCACAGAAUAUUUGAAUUAUGAAGAUGACAAGUUCUCCAAAAGCCGAGGUGUUGGUGUCUUUGGUGAUAACGCUGAGGAAACGGGAAUUCCUGCAGAUAUUUUUAGAUUUUAUCUCUUGUUGCUGCGUCCAGAAAACCAGGAUAGUGCGUUCAGUUGGGCAGAUUUCGUGACAAGGAACAACUCAGAGUUGCUCAACAAUCUUGGUAAUUUCAUCAACAGGGCCCUGGUGUUUUUGAAGAACUAUUUUGACAGCACAAUACAACCCAUAAACCUGAAUGCAGAAGACGAAGCAUUUUUAGCGUCAGUCAAUAGAGAUUUGAAAAAUUACGUUGACUGUUUAGAGAAAAUAAAACUUAGAGAUGGGCUGAGGCACAUUCUCAGCAUUUCAAAGACUGGAAAUCAGUAUAUGCAGGCCGCUAAACCCUGGGUUUUAGUCAAAGGAAAUGAACAAGAAAAAGCCCGUGCUGCCACAGUGAUAAGUCUGGCCUGCAAUUUGGGUGCUCUUCUUGGUGUGCUUUUGAAGCCAUACAUGCCAAUGACAAGCGAUGAGAUAUGCUCCCAGACUCAGCUGCCAAAAGAACACGUGAUCAUGGUUGAAUCGUUUGUCCCCAUGCUUGAAGCUGGACACAAAAUUGGAAUUCCAAGUCCACUGUUCCAGAAAAUUGACGUUUCUUUCGGGGAAAUGAUGAAAGCAAAAUUUGCCGGUAAAGGAAAACCAACAACAGCACAAAAGAAAGCAAAUGAAAAUAAAGAAAAGCUAAAAGCAGCAGCUAGUGCCCCUGGCGAGGACAAAGAGAACAUCCAGAAACUUGAAGAAGAGGUUGCCAAACAGGGGGCGAUUGUCCGCAAAGUGAAGCAAGAGCAAGAAGAGAAAGACUUGAUUGCAAAGGAGAUUGAAAAACUUCUUGACUUGAAGAAGAGGCUGGCUUUAGCUCAGGGCGUAGACCCAAAUGAGUCAGCAAAAGGCGGUAAAAGCAAGAAAAAGACAAAGAAGAAAUAGCGUUAGGCAUCAUUGCAGUGUAUUAGAUAAUGACUGAUGCCACAAUACAUAGUUUGACCAAAGUUGACUGUAUGCUAUUAACUGUCAUUUAUAAAUUCAUGAAAUGUUUAAAACGCCGAAAUUUA